AUGAGUAAAAAAGUCAGAAUAACGUCUGAAGAAGCUAAAGGAAUAUAUGACUGUCAAAUUCGCCUUGGUAAUAGAUAUAGAGAUUAUGUACAAAUUUUGCGUUCAGAUCAAAAUAUACCACCAUCUGUUCAAAAUUUAUAUCAAGGAAUGUCAGAUGUUAAAGCUACAAGUAGAAUAAUAAACUAUCUCCAAGGUGAAGGACGAAAGGCUGCCGAAAUAAAAGCUAAACAACAUUUAAAUACACAAUCAUCUAAUGCAACAGCUGCAUAUUUUAAACCACUUGUUGCACCUCGACGUGGUAAAACACGACGAGUUAAUCUAUAUUCACGACCAAUCCUUGAUGUCUCUGAAGACUCAUCACCAUCACCAUGUCUACUCAAUAAUGAAAAUGCAUAUCAACAGCAGCAAGCAGAUGCAAAUGAAGAUGAAGAAGGAAGAGGUUCAGAAGGAGAAGAGAUGGACAUUGAUGAUGAGAUAAUGUAUCAACAACCGGUAUUUGAUGAAUUACCAUCAAUUAGUGAGUUUCAGCCAAUUCGGCGAUCAUCAUUUGCUCAAAACCAAACAUCAUCUCCACCAGUCACAACACAAACCAGAGCCAGAUCUCAGUCCAGUCCAAUUCAACAAAUUAAUAGCUCAAUGGUUGAAACAGUAGCAGCAACAACGACCAACUACCAUCCUUCUCUCAUUCAUCAACCCCCUGGAGCAGAAGAUGAGGAAGUUUUGAUUAAUUCGUUCGGAUAUGAAGUUAAUCCACAGACAUACCGUAGACGAGAUGAAAUUAGACGUCGUGAAGAAAUAGAAUUGGAAAGCCAAACACAAUCUACUAAAUAA